ACCAAGUCGCUGUGACAACGCUAAUGAAAAGCUGUUAAGUUCACCUUCCACGUUUAUCAAGGCCAGAAUACUUGGUCGGACAGGUUGAUAUACAGUGAAUAGAGAUGUCUUUGAUUUGCGGGAGAGAUUUGUGGAGAUAUAUACAUACAUGUAUUUGCCUACCGCGUGACUCCCUGAAGUCUUGGAGAAGAAUCCUUGGAUUGAUGGUUGUCGUCACGUUGAUCAUUUUCCUGUUCAACCUCAAGAUGCUGAACUUCGGGAAUGACAAAGAACACCAGCGCUUGAAACCUGCUUCAUCCGGGUAUACUGGAAAGACGAAAUCAACUGCUAGAUGUAAUCAGGUAACUCCACAUCGGGUUAAAAUGAACUGCGAAAAAUGGGUGGUGGUCACCACGAUCUUCAAUUUGACCGACGCCGUGAAGGACCUACUGAAGAUGCCAAAGUGGUGUAUGGUACUGGUCGGUGACAAGAAAGGCCCAAAAGAAGUACCGUCAUUUCCCAAUCUGAUCUUCCUAGACGUUGCCUGGCAGGAGCGCUGUCCGUACCAUAUCUGCCAGCAUAUUCCAUGGAAUCAUUUCAGUCGCAAAAACAUUGGCUUCAUGUACGCCGUGGCUAACGGGGCCAAGUGGAUAUACGAUACCGACGACGACAACUUCCCCAAGUUUCCUAAAGCCGAGCCGCUUUUGGAUUCGUCGAUCAGAUUUGAUCUAAUACAGGUCCCUGGACACGUGUACAAUCCCUACAUUCCAUAUAUCAAACCCAACACAACCUUUUGGCCGAGGGGGUUGCCACUGGAUAAAAUCAAAGAUUCCGACACGAAGAACAUGAAAGUGAUCGGUACCGUCAAACCGGAAAAGGUCGCGGUGAUUAACUAUUUAGCCCAAACCGACCCCGACGUUGACGCGAUCUACAGACUGACGCAGAAAAUUCCUUUUCAGUUCGAGAUGGUGGAGAAGUAUUACGCUCUACCGCAUUACAUCAUGUCACCCUACAACGCCCAGGCAACGAUGCAUGCACAGUUCGCCUUUUGGGGUCUGCUUCUGCCGGCAAGCGUAGACAUGCGUGUCACGGAUAUAUGGCGGUCGUAUUUCACUCAACGGUUAGUCUGGGACACCGACGGUCACAUCGCUUUCGGUCCGCCAUACGUCAAUCAAAUCCGCAACGCGCAUUCGUAUAUGGUCGAUUUUCACAAUGAAAUGGAUGUCUACCUUAAAACCAGCAGACUGAUCAAAUUCCUGGUGAACUGGAUCCCGAAAACCGUUUCGUUGGCGCAGAACAUGAUCGACCUUUACAUAGAACUCUACCAAAUCGAUAUUAUCGGGAGGGCCGAUAUCGAUUUAGCCAUAGCUUGGAUACGCGAUCUGGAAUGUGUCGGCUAUACCUUUCCGCCAGUCAAAGUUGCGAAAGACUACGUGUAUUUAAUUCAAGGUGCAAGCGUCACGAUGCUCGAUCAACUUGUAUCAAACUCGAAUCGAGAUGUUCUAUGGCUGACGUACGAAACGGAGUCUGGCGAUCUUUACCGGCCGAAUAGCACGUGGACCAGUGGAAGGAAUCUUCAGCUGGAACACGCCGUUGAACGCGGGAGCCGAAUGUCGGAGAAGGGUUAUAAAUAUUUCAUCUUUCUCGACGACGACGCUAAACUGUCGUUCAAUACUAAUGGUCGAAGAUGGAAAGAUGAAGGCGGUUGCAAUAGCGACGUUGUGUGGACAUGCUUUGAACAGUUCUUGGGCGCUCACGAGCCGGCAGUCAGCUAUCCGUUCUACACAUAUACUGGACAUUUCUAUGACAAGAAUUCAAUGGUCAAUACAAACUACCAUAUCGAUCCAAUGAUGGUGGCUUUUCACCGUGACACAUUAUCUUUCCUACUGCCCUACAGUACUGAGUUUGAAGCGCAAUCCUGGUGGGCAUCGGGUGUUAUCUGUGCUGGCCUGGCCAACAUGCUGUAUAGCACCAACAAGUUUCAGUUCAAUGUUCUUCAUAGCAUCAAUUUGAGACCAAAUCAUCCGGGCAAUACUAAAUACAAGACGGAUCGGAAUCAACCCGGUCAAUUACAAUUCCUGCUAUCGGCCCUUCUGCCGACUGUCGAUGGAAAGCCGAAUCCGUUGUUGAACAGUACCUCGCCGCGUUUGGCUCCGAGGAUUAACGGCAAGCCCAAUCUGAAGAAAAAUAAAACCUACAUCGUUGACUACGCGUUCAUUAAAAAGUACUUUAAGCUCGAUCAUAAGUUUUCGCAAAGUCGGCUGAACUGGCUGAAAAAUCCUGUGAUCAAAAGAAUUCUAUUCGGGGGCAAAGACGUAACUGAAUUUGACAAUUCAUUCAAUCCUGAUUAUUCUUAUCCGAUUUAACACGUCAAACUGUAGUAUCAUUCGCAUAGAGUUUCACCAUACACCGACUUCGUGGAAAUUGCAACAAGGUAUGGAGGGCAGGGUCAUGUAUUAUACCGCUAUGGGACCUAACCGUAGUUCCAAAAAAUGUGUGUCCUGUUUUAAGGCCGCCUGUCAGGCGAAGUUUGACCAAAUGGUGUGCUAUUUGCAUCUUUCUAGACCUGGACAGCAUACUAGAAUAUGAUCAAGGCAAAUAUGAAAGGAUUUUUGAUAUUCAUGGUCUCAAUGUCCAAUUUAGAAUUGUCUAAGUUUCUGCCACGCAAGGCCAAAACGGCGUCAAUUCUCCUUGACAUGACUGUUGGUAAAUGUCCAAAUCUAAACUUUGAAGUACGUCACAUUUUUAAAGGUUUAAUAGCUUAUUGUUGGAUGUCUGAGGAAUACACAUCCAAAUUCUCAAGCUGAUUGAUAGCUUCGAAUUGCAAUUUUCAGCCUAAGAAUUAUGUGUAAUGAAUAUACACAAAAUGUACAGGGGUUUUAUAACAAUACCCUGGCCUGGAGACUUUGUCCUAACCGAUGUACGUUGACCUACGUGUCAUUAUCAAAUGUGAGAAUGUACUGAUGUUGGAUAGGAGGUUGAAGAAGCUCAGAAAGUUUCAAAUAUGACAGUCCCAUCAAUACGGUGUACCUAGUCCCAAUCGAAAAGAAAAAAAUUCUCGGCGGGACGACAUAUUAUCUCGGGGGGGGGGGGGGGG